GAAAAAGCAGUCAAAUGAUUUGAAGCUGGCGAAGCUAGUCAGCUGGUGGUGCGCGGGACGGAGUAAAUAUUAAUGGAGUGAGGAACAAAAAACGUUACGGGUGGUUUAUUUAUGCAUUAUUAAAUAACAAUUCCCCCUCCCAGUUUGGAGCUUUCACUGCCGCACAGUUUUUGUCUGCAGGGCAUGUUGUUAAAGAAAGAUUACUAUUACCAGGAUACAUUUGUAUUUACCUGGUUUUAGCUUUCCUCUUGGUGAGAUGGCAUGGUGUACCGAAUAUUUAAAAGUGAAUGUCUGAAAAAGAAGUGACUCUACUUGCGGGUUGAAGACCUUGGUGUGACCUACUAUGAAUGGAUAUGUUUCUUCAAACUACUCUGUAGAAGCAUUUGGCAUUUGCUCUUCUCAAAUGAAUGGUCAUGAUUCUAAGUCACCAGCACAUGCGGAAAAAGAUGGCAGAUCUUCAAAGACUAAUGCAGUGCUUCUGUAUGAGCAGAGGAAAAAUUAUGCAAGAAACAGCAUUUCAAGUCUGUCCGAGACCUCACAAUAUCAUGUUGAACACUUAACCACCUUUGUCAUGGACCGUAAAGAAGCAGUUAUAUCUGUUGAUGAUGGCAUAAGAAAGCUUAAACUAUUGGAUAUUAAAGGGAAGGUUUGGACGCAGGAUAUGCUUCUUCAAGUAGAUGAAAAAAGUGUCAGCUUAGUAGAUGUUGAAUCAAAGAAUCAACUGGAAAAUUUCCCCCUUAAUACUAUUCAGCAUUGCCAGUCAGUGAUGAAUGCCUGCAGUUAUGAUUCUAUAUUGGCCUUGGUGUGCAAAGAACCAGGACAAGGAAAGCCAGAUCUUCAUCUCUUCCAGUGUGAGGAAAUUAAGGCGAAUUUAAUUCAUGCUGAUAUUGAAAGUGCUAUUAAUGACUACAAAAGUGGAAAACAGAAAAAGAGACCUGACACCUUAAGGAUGAUUUUGAAAACGGACUCUGCUAUCCCUCCACCCCCUUCAUCUCCAGCACCAGUUCCACCUGCUACAAUCACCCAAGUAGAUGUAAAGAGUCGAGUGGCAGCUUGGUCAGCAUGGGCCUCUUCUGAUCACUAUGAAGGUGAUAAGCAAAAAUAUGCUUCUGAGCAUGAUGAGACACCUGAGAUUAUGAUAGCCAGGGUUGACCGAGAUGUGCAAAUCUUAAACCACAUAUUGGAUGACAUUGAAUUUUUCGUCAUUAAACUUCAAAAGGCUGCUGAAGCUUUUGCUGAAUUGUCACAACGAAAAAAAUUUAAGAAGAGUAAAAAAAAGUCUCCUGGAGAGGGUGUACUUACUCUACGGGCCAAACCACCAUCGCAGGAUGAGUACAUUGACUGUUUGCAAAAAUUCAAGCAUGCAUUCAACCUUCUGGGCAAGCUAAGAUCACACAUCCAGAAUCCAAGUGCAUUUGAUUUGGUCCAUUUUCUUUUUACACCACUAAACAUGGUAAUACAAGCGACAGGUGGUGUCGAUCUGGCCAGUAGUAUUCUUAGCCCUUUACUUACAAAAGAUGCAGUUGAGUUUUUACAUGCCUCAGUUACUCCAGAAGAGCAUCAGAUAUGGAAGUCACUUGGCAAUGCUUGGACCAAAGUGAGGAGUGAGUGGCCAAAGGAACAGUAUAUACCACCGUAUAUCCCAAGAUUUCGAGAUGGCUGGGAACCUCCUCUGUUGAAUUUUAUGGGAACAUCCCGAGAACAAGAUCUGAAUCAACUGGCUGAGUCAGUCGCUAAUGUGGUUGAGAAUCAACUUAAAGACGAGCAUUGUAGGCUGAGUCAUGAGCCUUCAAGUGCCCAAGAUAAUUCUCUAAAUGAUGGAAGUUAUGAGUCCCAUGGAAGAGGUCAACCAAAAAGUUAUGCCAAAUCGAAAUAUGACUUUGUUGCUCGCAAUUCUUCUGAACUUUCUGUUGUAAAAGAUGAAAUUCUAGAGGUAAUUGAUGACAGGAAACAAUGGUGGAAGGUUACAAAUGCUAGUGGUCUUUCAGGAUAUGUGCCAAAUAACAUCUUGGAAAUUACCAGAGCUCAGGAACUGGGUCUUGGACGCUCAGACCCAAUGUACAGCCAUACAAUUCAGCUGCUGAUGCCAAAGAAGGAAUUUGAACUAUUCAAGAAGCAGAAAAUGGAGUAUGUACCUAAUCAAGUAAACCCAAUCCCCCGUGCUCCUUCUCCACCUCCUGCUCCUGCCCAGAUUCCAUCUCAUCCAAUAACUCCUGGUUCAUUCAGCAAUCGGUCCAUUUCAUCCACCAGUGUCACCCGACAGAACAGCAGUAACUCGAGUGACAGUGGAAGUGUGGUCAUGAGAGACGGCCAGCGAGAAAAAGACAAAGUGAUUAAUCGAAGAAAAUCACAUAUGGAAGAAGUACAAGAUGAACUUAUGCACAGAUUGACAAUCGGCCGUAGUGCUGCUCAGAAAAAGUUUCAAGUACCCCGCAGCACCAGCCAUUCUACUGUAAAUAUAUCGUAUGAUUCAUCACCUGAUGAGGUGAAAAUGUGGCUGCAGUCUAAAGGAUUCAGCCCUAUGACAAUCAACAGCCUUGGUGUGCUCACAGGUGCUCAACUAUUUUCUCUGAACAAGGAUGAACUAAAAACAGUGUGUCCGGAUGAUGGCGCUCGUGUCUACAGCCAAGUGAUGGUCCAAAAGGCUACACUGGAGAGAAGUGGUGGCAACUCUGAACUUCAGGAGAUCAUGAGAAGACAGCAGGAGAAACUCAAUUCAGUAGCUUGUGACUCAGGUGUGGAGUCGUUUGAUGAAGCAAGUGGUCACUAAAAUGUCUCCCAAAAGCUUCUCUUUCUUGUGUGCUGCAUGGUAGAACAAACCAGGGGUACAUCAAAUUUCACUAGAUGCAAACUCGACUCAUACAUGGAUGCUUUAAAAUUCUAUAUACUGUAUGUUGAGAUUUAGAUUAGUGCAAUGGUCAAUGAAAUCAGUGCGCUUAGGUGGUCAGCCCAAUGAUUAUGGACUUAAGAGCUUUUUCUUUGAAGCAAAUAUAUCUCAUGGUACCAAAUAACCAGCCAUGAAUCUCUUUAAUGUGUAGCUAUAUUUUUCUUGAGUGUUACUUGGCUGCUCCUAUUUUUCACAGCCUCCCUUUACAUUCUGUAUUUUAUGCAGUUCUGGAAAACACAGUCUUUCUGAAUUAGAUUGUUAUAAAUAGUUCCUUAGUUUUCUUAGAUUUUUUUUAAACGAUGAUUGAUAAAGAUGAAAUGUUUAAUUAACAAAAAUAUUGUUUUCAGUUUAGUUUUCUUGAGUAUUUAUUCUGAACAAACUGCUGAAAUAAUAAUAAUAAUAAAUGAAGCAAAUAUCAA